AUGCUGCCUCCCUGCGGAUGCUGCCGGCGAGCCUGGCGGUCCGCUGUACUACAAGGAAGUGCUGACUCGAUUUCUACUCGAAUUCUUCUACCCCCACGACUCGGAACGCGAAUCGGGAUCACCCGAGAGCAGCUGAGCCUGCCUCUGGCCUCGCCUCCCUCUCCUUCAGGCAUUCGUGGCAUCCUAUGGGUCGUCCAGAGUAUCGACCUCUGGCUUGUCAGCCUCCAGCCCCACUUUGAGGGCGCCAUGAAGUACAGCGAUCGCCAACUCGCUGGCCUCUCCGCAGGCCCCCCCGACCGCGUCGAACUCAUCGGCGCGGGCUCUCUCGGCUACGGGACCGGCCCCAGCUUCGGCUGA